AUGAGCGAUUCAACUCCAACCCGCCGCCCCUUCCACGGCUCGUGCCACUGCGGCUCCGUCAAGUACAUCGUCUUCCUGACGCUCCCCCACAAACCGCCCUCCAAUGCCAACGAUGACCGCAUGACCCCUGCCGCCGACUCGUCCCGCUCCGAGCAAGAGUUCUACCGCUGCAACUGCACGGCGUGCCACAAGGCCGGCCACUUCCACAUGCGCACGAACUGGGCCCCGGAGGACUUUCUGCUGCUCUCGCCGCUGGAUCCCUUGGCCGAGCUCGGAGACUACACGUGCUACUCCGGAACUAUCCACUGGCUGUUCUGCAAGCGGUGCGGCGGGCGGUGCUUCCUCUUUGCCGGCAAGGGGGAGACGGCCGAGGUAGACUUGGACGAGAUGGGUAUCAGGGACGGAGAUGGCGGCAAGAUGGGCAAGAGAACCGUCUGGCGGCCCAAGGCGGAGGGCUGGAGCGAGGACAGCGGGAGCGAGGACGGCGAGUCGAGGUGUUAUCUGAGUGUCAAUGGCUAUACCGUCGAUGCGGCGCAGGAGGGAUUUGAGCUGGGCGAGUUCACGGCCAACAAAUGGGUCGCGUACGUGGACUGCCUGGAGCUGCAUGGGCCGGAGCAGGAGCCGCGAUAUGAUAAGCCUUUCGAAGGCGGCGCAUUCUGA